GUCCUGCAGGGGGCGCUCAGGUCCAGGUCGCGGCGCUGCGGCCGCCGCCAAAAAAAAUGCUAAUCGUCCCGAAGAAGAAGCAGCAGCAGCUAGCUGUUCGGACGGAGCUGACAAAGAGGCCCAGAUUCUGCCAGAGCCAGGUCCACCCUUCGGAACCGACCAUGUACGCCAGGACCACCGCGGGGAGCGCGCACGGAGACUUCCAGGACCGGAACGGAGUCAACUACGUCUCUUCCACGGAGUCUUUCGGCCACUGCUCCCAGUUGUUCUGGAAGAAAGACCCGAGCGAGUCCGGACCCAGUUCAACCAUCAGCUGGUGUGAUCAGCUCCCCCCGUCCGCCGCAGCAGCCCUCACCAGCUCCAGCCUGUCCUCAGCGUCGCUCUCCAGCUCCAGUCUCUCCAUGGAGUCCCAAGCAGCAGCGCCGCCGCCGCCGCCAGCAACCACGGCGUCAGAUGAUACAGAAUCCGACGAGAGGCCGUACGUCUGCGAUUUGUGCAACUGCGCCUACAAACAUGCCAGCUCCCUGCUCAACCACAAGCUCACCCACAAGACCGGCGACUUCAGGUGCGACUUCUGCAGCAAGCCCUACACCAACUACAUGUCUCUGCGCAACCACAUGCGGAUCCACGGUCAGAAGCGCUACAUGUGCGACCUGUGUGGGAAGGCGUUCCGGCUGGCGCGGUAUCUCCGCAACCACCAGAGGAUCCACGACGACGGGCCCAACCGCUUCGACUGUCCCUCCUGCUGCAAGAGCUACCGGACCAUGCUGGAGCUGGCGCAGCACCGCUGCACGGCCGCCGUCUCCAACCAGAACCGGUUCAACUGCCCGUCCUGCUUUAAGAGCUACCGAACCAUGCUGGACCUGGCCCAGCACCGCUGCAGCGCCGCGGCCAAAAACCAGAGCACCGGCGGCCGUCGUUCCAACUUCUCCAACACUCCGCGCCGCCAGCAGCAGCAGCAGCAGCAGCAGAACAACGCCAGCUCCAUGAUGCAGCACGGAGGCCACGGCCAGCAGGAGGCGCUGCCGUCCCACUGCGUCUCCCCCAUGACCCAGGGGGGCGGUGUGAGCAGUCAGCCGGUCCCAGACCCCCACCAGGGCCGCCCCAGCUCCGUGUCCUCCCAGAGCAGCCAGCAGAGCAUGAGGAGCUCGUCCUCAAACAAACACGUGUCCUCCUCCAGCGCCACGCCCUCCUCCUCAUACUCCCUGCUCCAGCCCCUGGUGCCUGAGGUAAAGGAGAUGAGCUCGGGAUACACUAGACUGAGCGCCAACCCCAUGCCGAAGCACCAGGACACCUUCUCUCUGGCGUCCCAGCGCCCCCUCACCAUCAACCCCAUCGGCCACUCCCUCCAUCCCAACGGAGCGCCGUCACUCAAGCCUUCGCCGGUGCCACGGACCAUCCAGGCCAUGCCGUGGGAGCAGCGCUCGCUCUACAACCAAUGAGACUCCCGGGAGCCCGGCCCCGGCCCCGUCCCCUCGCACCCACCCACCCCCCUCCCCCACCCCCCUGUGGACCGUUGUGUGUGGGAGAGGGGGAGGAACACCAUUGAGAACUAGUUGAGGUUGAGUUCUGCGUAGUUAGGUUUAAAACGAUGUGUUGCCUUGACCCUCAUGUAUGAUCUAUGCCAUGUACUGGAUAUAAGUUAAAUGUCUGUGCCCUGAACUGUCCUCCUGCUAAGAAUUUACCCCCCCCCUAACCCCUACCCCUCCUCUCCUGAGCUAGUUAUGAAGAUAUCUAUCCUUCCUAUUAUUAAUAGUGCCCCCCCCAGCCCUGUCAUUAUGUUAAAAUGAGAAGAACAGCUAUUUUUAAUCUAAAGUGUGUUCCCAAUCCAGAACAAGCGCCGAGUCGUCGGGGCAACGUGACCAGAUUCUUCCUCCUGUCCUGUUUUUGUAUUUUAUUUUUCUGAAAAAGAAAGAAGGGGAAAACAAACUUUUGUUUUGUUAUUUUUUUCCUUAAAUUGAACUGUUCCUCCCGAGCGAACGUUGUGGAGGAUCUGUGGACCGGGACGGUCUUCACGUGCAGCUGUAAACCCUCCUCCCCCCUGUUUUAGUUUACCGUAUCGUGCAAAGGUCUCCCAGGUGUGAAGGGAUGCUGCUGGAAACGCCGGGUCCUCGUCCUUCAGCUCCUAAAGCAAACACACAGGAAGUCCCUGGUUGCUGGGGGGAAACCCGGAGCCCCAACCCCUGGUCUGGGUCAGACCUGGAGCCCCAACCCCUGGUCUGGGUCAGACCCGGGCCCCCUCGGGUCCUCCGGUCUCCCUGAAGGCCCAGACUGUAACUCGAGGUUGAGGUCGGGGUUCUGCAGCAGGAUAUACGUCUGGGACCAAUCAGAGGCCUCCACUCUCCUGCCCAAUCCUCCAGGUCCGUUUAGCCGGCAGUUAGUUGGGGACACAUGUCCCCAUGGAGAGCUCUCCCGGCCACACGGGAGGAACCGGGUCCUGUUGGUUCCUGCUGGAACUGCUGGACGUCGUCAGCGUCUCGUUUCCUCGGCCGGCCGCUUCCGCCUACAGUUCUUCACAUUUCUGCUGCUUGACGCUCCGUCUCUGUGAACCCCGUUGCCGGGGGAGACUCCUCUCGUAAAGCCACUCAAUGUAGCAGCACCACGUCUGGCCACACGGGGGCAGCACAGCAGCAGGAUGACUUAAGUCCCGGCGGGUGUUUCAGCUCCACUGUGACCAGAAAUCAGACAUCUGCAGCUUCCAGCUCUGGAAGAUCCUCAACUCACCCGUUUUCUAGUUUAGGCCAAAGGAAAUGUUAAAUGUUUGUACUGCUGCCUCCAGGUAUCCACAGAGGGUGGAUAGUGUAGUUUAUUACAUUUCCUAUAUCUCAGUUUUAGAUUAAACUGUCAACUUCAUGAUCAACAAGGAUGUCGACAUUGAAUCAAAGCAAGAUUUGAACUCUUAAAUUUGCUACCUCGUUACCACUUCCUCUAGUUUUAAGUAGGAACUACUAGAUCUAAAAUGACCACACUUCCAGCUCAACUGUUUUAGCAACCGCAUCUAUUUUUAGAUUUUCUACACUUCCCUCCACGACGCAAAUUAAAUUUAAUCAAAUUAAAUCCCUCUGAAUGAUCCUCAAUGCUCCGAUUAAAGGCUUUCCUUUAUCACCUAAAUGUCUCUAAACAUCUUGGGACGAGGUUUUCAGUCGUUCACCAUCAUGUAACUAAACAACGCUGAGACGUCUGAGCCGGCAACCGUAACUAAGGGGCGGAGCCACUUUAGGACCAAUGACACUCUUCCCCUUGUUCAUUAGUGUUUGUCUGUAAUUCUGCCACCAACCAGUAGGUGGCGCUGCAGGGGCUUAAGUGAGGUUAGGUUUAUCCACUUCCUUCCUGUACCGUAGUCAUGGCAACAGCAGAUAAAGCACACCCGAUGGGACCUGGAGCUGAUAGAUGUUGAGAAACGGCAACCUUCACCAGCAUUACAGCAACCUGUCGUUCUUAGUACAGAAGAAGAAGAUGACGACGAUGACGUCCUGGUCGUUGUUGGCCUGACGCUUUACUGGGCCGGUUCUGACCCAGCCCUCUCUGCUUCAACGUCACCUCUAGUGGGAGGAAGUGGUACUGCAGGAAAUGCAGUGGAGCCUCCGUGUGGUCAGACGUGGUAUUACUGCAGACCAGCAGCUGAUCAGCCGCUCAAACCAAAUCAUGGUUGAAACUCCUCUUAGUUCAUGUGGCAGUUUCUGAGUUUAUACAAAUAUCAAAUUGGAUGUUUUUGAAGGGGUUCCUAGCUGACACAUUUCUUCACACCUGCCGGAGCCUUUUCUCGGUGCAUGUACACGUACAUGUUUGCCUGGGAGUUACGCGGAGGAGAGAAAUGGUCAAAGUCUCCAAAAUGACUGUUACAAAGUUCCCUCUUAACUCUUAAAGCACUUCAGGACGAGUGCUGUGAAACGACUCCCACCCCCCCCCUCAAGCGUCUGCUGUUACCAUGUUACAUCACUGACCCCACCGUCUCCACCAGCCCGGCGUAGGAGCAGCUCGGCCCCCGCCGGGCCCCCGCCGGGCCCCCGCCGGGCCCUGAGGGGCCGGAUCAGCCUCCCAGUGUUUGAAGGAGGGUCAGUUUGAUGAAUAACGUUGACUUCCUGGAUCCAGUAUGUAGUUAGAUUAUCUUGCUAACAUGGUGUUCAUUGAAAUACCCACAAUUCUACUGUCUUUUCUCUUUUAAAAGUUGUUUCUAUUUUUAUUCAUGUUUUCAUUGUUUCUUUCUUUCUCCUUGUAAAGUGUCUUUUGAGUAUUUAGAGAAGUGCUAUACAAAUAAAAAUGUUUUAUUAUCACCA